UAUUGUCACGGUUUCGAGUUAGGGUUUGUUUCGUCUCAUUUACCUCCACUCCGAGACUCAGCAACUUCUUUCUGACGAGUCUUUCUGGUGAGUGGGACGUGCGGUGCUGGACAUUGAUGCCGGUGGGCGUUCUGGGCGUUGGUAUGGAUAACUUUACUGCACAUCGAUGCCGGUUUAGGGUUUUGGAUUGCUUGUCAUAAACAGUGGCGAGCACUUGUGUUCUGAAAGUAGCGUGGAGAGAUCAUCUUCUGGGGGUUUAGUGCAUCUUGUUCCUGGGAUCGGGUUCUCAUCGUCGGUUGCCUAUUGAAUCGGGUCGUGGAGGAGGAUGGGCGACGCUUAUAGAAAUUUGGACGAGCAGAUACGACGCGUGGAAGAGCAGAUACGAAGUGUGGAGCAGAAGAUUGAACGAGCGGAAGAGGAGAUACGAAGAGUGGAAGAGGAGAUACGAAGGGUGGAAGAGGAGAUACGAAGAGUGGAGGAGGAGAUACGAAGAGUGGAAGAGGAGAUACGAAGAGUGGAACAGAACAUUGAACGAGUGCAAGAGGAGAUUGAAACGUGCUCUGACCUUCAAGAGAAAGCGCAGCUUCGGGACAAGGAAGCGCAGCUUCGGGACAAGGAAGCGCAGCUUCGGGGCAAGGAAGCGCAGCUUCGGGGCAAGGAAGCGCAGAUUCGGGACAAGGAAGCGCAGCUUCGGGGCAAGGAAGCGCAGCUUCGGGGCGAGAGAGUGGAACUUCGGGGCGAGAAAGUGCAGCUUCAAGGCCAGAAAGCGCAGCUUGGGGAACAGAUCCAGCAGGGACGAGGUAAUCUUACUUGGGCAGAGUGGCUGAAUCAGCGGUUGCCACCGCUUCUCUUUAGCUUUAGCGCACGACCCGGGUUACGACUGGCAAAGGAAGAAUUCAUCCCAGCCUCAACCAUCAGAUGGGAUCUUUGGCCAGAUGUUGAUCAGUACGUUGCAGAUGCAGUCACGAAGCCUUCACGACAUGAGCGUAUUGACCUUCGAGUCCAUACCCAGACGAGAAAAAUUUUCUCUGAGGCUGACUGUUGUUUUGUAUACCAAUCGCUUCUGGCUAACAUUGGUAGUGUUAUUUUAGGCGACAAGUUUGCCAUGGCGGCAGAGGAGUGGUCAAGGUCCUCGGCUGUGACGCAACAACGCACAACAGCGGACAUCAAUAGAGGAACGCUCAAUGAUCUAAGUGCAGACCUGAACAACGUAUUUGAGCUAGCUAGAGGAAAUCCUGAGUCUGGUCUCAGAGCGGACAUUGUGUUGAAAUGUACUGGUCGAACCUUCUUAGUGGUCGAAAUGAAGAGACCGUCAUUUUUUAGAGGAGCCGUAGACCAGAAUUUUCCAGAUUUAGUCAAGGGGUAUGAGGACAAAGAUCUCCGCUUUCUGGAUGGACAAAGAUCUCACGUUCUUGCGCAAUCUAUUACCCAACUCUUCAGGUACCUGGUGAGGCACGAAAUUGGGUAUGGAAUAAUCUCCUCGGCUGAUUUAUCCUAUCUUGUAAGUCGUGUGGGUGACUCCCUACGUAUCUCUGAAGGCAUAGAGUGGCAUGAUCCGAAAUUCAUUGGUGCACUUGCUUACUUUAUGGAAAAGGCAGCCGAUGAUACUACGCCGUAUGUGUGGGGAGGAGGUAAUGGGGGUAAACAUUCCCAAGACUGCGAUAUUGUUGUUAGUCAAGAAACUCAAGAUGCCUCGAGUGAUGAUGAGGAAUAUGGUGCACCAAAAAAAUUGAAGAUGACACCAGCUGCCGGGAGUGUAACUCGGAGCAUGAGAGGGAAAAUUUGUUGGAAGGAAACUCCUGCAGCACAUUUACAUUUGGAAGCGUAUCCUUUUGCGACAGGAUGGAGUGGAAAUAUCGUACGCGGCAUAUAUGAGGGUCAUGUUGUUGCUGUCAAACUUGCAGUGGUUUGUUCAGACCGUGCAGAGGCUUUAAUAAAUGAGGCAAGUGCCUAUUUAAAGCUUCAGGAGUACUGGGGAAAAUAUGUUCCAGCGCUUAUAUCGCAUGGGACAACUGUAAAUGGCAAUGUUGUGUACGUUGCAACGGAGCUAAUCAAGGGUUUUGAACUUGGGAUGGAACGUCUGACCCCAGAAGUGGUGACAGCAUCCUUUGAAGCCCUUACUGCUAUUCAUGCUUCUGGCAUGCUUCAUGGGGACAUUCGGCGAGAGAAUAUCUUGGUUCCAAAGGGAGGGCGGCGAGGCGUUCGUUUCAUCGAUUUUGGGUUUGCUCGUUCCGUAACCAGUGCUGACGAUUGCUGCGAAGAGCUUGCACAGUUGCAAUAUAUAGUUAGCAAGUUGCCUUUUCGUGGAUCUGUUAGGGUAGCUUCAACUGCUGGCGUAAUAGACAGGGGUCGUCACUUGGAGGCUGAAGCCUACCAAAACCUCCCUUGAUUACUCCAUCUCUAGAAAUUUGACGGUAUUUGUGUACAUUAGAAUUGCCCUGAGCAUCAAAUUGGUGCCUGGAUGGCUCAAGAUGUUUGCCAUAGAACGCGGGUGUGUUUUGAAAGCCAAUUUCGUAUCAAAUUGAAGGACUAGUUGGAUAGAAAAGUGCAUUACCAGGAAUAAUGUUGGGUACCAGCAAGUUGGGCGCGAACUUAGGAAUCAUUCAUUUUGGUACGCAUGUAGGCAUUUUAAUAAGUGCUUUCCGGCACUUUCCGCGUUGGAAAAUUUGCGAAUGUGGCAGCUGACAGGAAAUUUCCUUCGCAUUGAGGCAUUUAAAAUUGUUUGUGGGGACAGCCGAUGUUGCUAAGAUAGCUCGAAGCUCUACAGUGCUUAACCCAACUUUUAGGCUUGAGGUGUGUUGCGGAGCUGAGGAGUCUUCAGCCUGAAAUGUCAGGGUAUGAUCUCUCUCGUGUUAGCCAACAAUUCGCAUGAUCUCUCUCGUGAAGUAUCCUGCGAAUUGCCCACUGGCACUCUUCUCCCCUUCUCCAUGUAUAGUAACACUCAACCAGAUCAGUAUAGACACACUUGAAGCUCUCUCUCUCUCUCAUGUCCUUCUCAACAUGUUAUCAGCACGAUUGCACUAUUUUUCUCUUA